AUGAAUCUCCGUCUCAUCACCUUCAUCGCUGCACUCGCCACUGGUUCCUCCACAACUCACGCUGGGAAAUGUCCAUUCGGUUUCGAUGUAGUCGCAAGUGUGAAACUGCAAGAGCGUCAGAUCUCCAGUGAGCUCUACAGCUCCACGAGCUGCGACGUGGUCGACUAUGAUCUGGUCAAACAGGAUCUGGAGAAACUCAUGACCGACUCAGCAAGCCGUCUGGCCUGCAGACUUUGGCCAUUACGGCGGUUUCUUCAUCCAUUUUGCGUGGCGCUGCAGUGGGUCCUAUCGCCAAUCAGAUGGACGUGGAGGUUGUGA